AUGGGGCUCGUGAUGUUCGCUCGUUACUGCGGAGAAGAUCCUCUGAGCACAGGGACAGGCUCCACCAGGCCUGAGGCGAUGGUCCUGUUCUUCGUCAUGGACAUGCUGAGGGGGCUUCCUGGACUACCUGGUCUCUUUGUGGCCUGUCUGUUCAGCGCCACGCUCAGCACCAUCUCUUCUGCCUUGAACUCUUUGGCCGCUGUGACGAUGGAGGAUCUGAUCAAACCACAGUUUCCUCUGAUGAGCGACCGACGAGCAACACACCUGAGCAAAGGCCUGGCGGUGUUCUUUGGUCUCCUGUGUGUCCUCAUGGCCUGUGUCACUCACCUGAUGGGAGACUCUGUGCUGCUGGUGGCGCUGAAGGUCUUUGGGAUGGUCGGGGGUCCAGUCCUCGGGCUCUUCUGCCUCGGAAUGUUCUUCCCCUGGGCCAACUCCACAGGGGCAGUGUGGGGCCUGGGUGCAGGCCUGGGACUCUCCUUCUGGGUCGGUGUGGGCAGCAUCCUGAGCCGGACUCCAGGUCCCAGGACUCUGCUGUCAGAGUGUGGCUCCAAGAACUCCUCUGGGACCUCUGUGGCUCUCAGAUCAGGUCUGCAGAGGUUCUACUCUCUCUCCUACAUGUGGUACAGUGGAUUCUCCUGCUUCAGCGUCAUCAUCAUCGGCCUCAUAAUCAGCUUCUGUACAGGUCUAAUGAAGGAGGAGGAUGUGGCUCCUGGGACCCUGGUUCCUCUGUUUGGGAAACUCCUGGUUCCUGAAGGCGUCAGACACCAACGAACGAAGGAGACCCCACAGUCUGAGGAGAACAAGACUUUUCUGCCUGAACCUGAAGCUUCGUACACGGAACAUGAGACCAGUGUGUGA